AUUACGUCAUCAUUGUUGGCUUGUGGGCGUGGCGCGGCGGCCCGCGGGUGACGUCACCGCGGUGGGCGGAGCGGUGGGCGUGGCUUCCGCGGGCAGCAAUGGCGGCUCUGCGCGUGCUCGUGGGGGUGAAGCGCGUCAUUGACUUCGCCGUCAAGGUGCGGGUGGCGCCCGGCGGCGGCGGCGUGCAGACGCAGGGCGUCAAGCACUCCAUGAACCCCUUCUGCGAGAUCGCCCUGGAGGAGGCGGUGCGGCUGCGCGAGGCGGGCGCGGCCGCCGAGGUCGUCGCCGCCAGCCUGGGCACCAAGGCCAGCCAGGAGACGCUGCGCACGGCGCUGGCCAUGGGCGCGGACCGGGCGGUGCUGGCCGAGCUGGCCGAGGGCGCGGCCGCGGGGCCCCGCCAGGUGGCCGCGGCUCUGGCCGGGCUGGUGACGCGCCUGCAGCCCAACCUGGUGCUGCUGGGCAAGCAGGCCAUCGAUGACGACUGCAACCAGACCGGGCAGCUCCUGGCCGCCAUGCUGGACUGGCCGCAGGUAGGCCGCGCGCGGGGCACGACGGGAUACAUC